UUCGUCUCUCUCUCUCAUCUCUCAACGCACACACAACAAUACAUGUACACGAGCUCGUCUGAGCAGAAAUUCCAACCAUGGAAGACAAAGACACCGAGCUUCUCUCUAGAGUUGCCGCCAACCACUUAUUCCUUGGCCAAUUCGAGCCGUUUCGGGCCACGGUGCGCAGCCUCCGCGCUCGAAAUCCCGACCUGGCCCGAACCAUUCUACAGACGGUCGUCGCCCGGGGCGGGAGGCUCGGCACGCCCGACCCGGUCACGUGGUCCGAUCCAUGCCCCUCCCCCGCAGACCUCACCUUCUUCUGCACCGUCGAAUUGCUCCAGUUCCCCGACGCUACCUCCAAUCUAUGGUCGUUCGACCCCAAUAUGCUGAAAUUGCGAUCCGAAUUUUUGUUGUAUGCACAUAUUGUUAGUUUUAGGAUUCAGCGAACAAUUGAAGGCGGUGUGAUUAGGAAUUUGGAUGAGGACAGUGUGAGGAAUGAAGAGCUGCGGGUUUUGGACUUGCUUACGCAGUUGGGGCUGAGCCGUUUGAGGCCGGAUCUGGUUGAAUCUGGAGAGCCGGAGGAGUUAGGUUUUAGGGGACCGGGUGAAGCUGAGUUGAUGGUCUUGAGGGGGUCGAUUUUGGAGAAUUCUGAUAUAUAUGACGUGUUGUGUGACAAUAUUGGUGAGCAAGUGGGGUGUGUGGAGGCCGAGGAUUCGGGGGGUUUGGCAAUUGCUCUGAGAAAGGGAGGGAGGCGGGUUAAGGAGAAAGAGGAGGAGUUAUUGAGGUUGGUUCAGAAGUGUGUUCAGACUACACAUAUGGAUGCCAUGAAGCAGUGCCUGGAGAAUGGUGAUGUGGAUGGUGCUAUUUCACAUGUUAGGUUUCUUCAUUUGAACCGAGGUGUUGAAGAGGCUGAGUACCGCAUGGUUUUGCGAGAUCUUCUUAAGAGGGUGUUGUCAGGACUACAUGAUUAUGGAGACACCUCACGAGCCAUACAGAAUAAAGUGUUUUCCAUAUAUACAGAAGCGAUUUCGUCUCAAUGCACUCAUCUUGUUCGGAUGCUUCAGUUUAUCCAUGAUGAAUUACUCUCUCAAGAAAUUGAUGCCUACAGUGCUUCAGAAGGCGACCAGAUCCCUCUCCCCCUUCUGCGCCUUCACAAGUUCAUUGCGCAAUUGAUGCCUGACACAGUUUCAGCCGAGACACCAGUGCCUUUGAAAGUUGCAACUUCGCUUUGCAUGAGAGACAUGUGUCACUAUGCUCGUAUUAGAGGCUUGCAUGUACUUGGAUGUGUUAUGGAUACUGCUCUGUAUCUUGUGCGGACAGAACAGAUCCAAAAAGCUUGCCAGAUUCUUAUGCUCUUUCCCCGGCUUCAACCCUUGGUAGCUGCUUUGGGAUGGGAUCUUCUAGCUGGGAAGACAACAAUUAGAAGGGAACUGAUGCAGUCUUUGUGGGCAAGUAAAUCUCAAGCUCUUCGAUUGGAAGAGUCCUCUCCAUAUGAUAAUAAAUUAGAUGAGGUGUCCUGUGUAGAAAAUCUUUGCGAUACACUAUGCUACCGGCUUGACAUUGCUUCUUUUGUUGCGUGUAACAAUUCUGGUCAACCAUGGAGUCUAAAAUCCUCAAUACUAUUAUCUGGAAAAGACUUAGAACAGCGGUAUGAAAAUGCUCAAUUUGAUCCAUUCGUGGAAAACUUCGUACUGGAGAGAUUAUCAGUCCAGAGCCCCCUUAGGGUGAUAUUCGAUUUAGUUCCUCAAAUAAAAUUUCAAGAUGCGAUUGAACUCCUUAGCAUGCAGCCUAUUACUUCCACUCCAGAUGCUUGGAAGAGGAUGCAAGAUGUUGAACUUAUGCACAUGCGAUAUGCUCUCGAAUCUGCUCUUCUUGCACUUGGAGCUAUGGAAAGGAGUACAGCUGAUGGAAUGGGAGAUCAGCAAAUGGCUUUCUAUUGUUUGAAAGAACUGAAGAAUCAUUUUGAUGCAAUCACUAGUACUGCCCGCAAGAUAUAUACGGUGAACAUAAUAAUCUCACUUCUAUACAUGGACAAUCUACAAAUUGAUUUGACACCUUAUGACCUAAUGAGAAGACAAUCCAAGUCAUUUAAUUCUCGUGGUGGGCUACAAGUUGAUGUAAUAAGCAGAGAAGGGGGAAAUGAGAUGGUUGUCUCCUUUACAGGACAAGUACUUAAUAUUUUGCGGCAGCAACUACCGUUAUCAAUAUCUGAUCUGGACAAUUCCUUGGAUGGUCAUAUAUCUGCUGGAAGUAAAAAAGCUUUAGAUUGGAGAAUUUUGACGGCAAAACGUUUCAUUGAAGACUGGGAAUGGCGCCUGUCUGUUUUGCAACGUCUCCUUCCGUUAUCUGAACGCCAGUGGAGGUGGAAGGAGGCUCAGACAGUGCUUCGUGCUGCCCCAUCUAAGCUACUUAAUCUUUGCAUGCAACGGGCAAAGUAUGACAUUGGAGAGGAAGCUAUUUCUCGUUUCUCUUUACCUCCAGAAGACAAAGCCACACUAGAAUUGACUGAAUGGGUGGAUGCUGCAUUCAACAAAACAUCUGUGGAGGAUGUGGUAUCACGUGCUGCUGAUGGUGCUUCUGCUCAGGAAUUAGAUCUCUUGUCGUUGCACUCUCAGUUGGGACCUUUGGCAGCUAUCCUUUUAUGCAUUGAUGUAGCUGCAGGUUGUUCGCGGUUGCCGAAUGUGUCUUCGAAGCUUCUGAAUCAAGCCCAGGUUAUGCUUUCUGAGAUCUAUCCUGGUAGUGCUCCAAAGACAGGACCAAGUUAUUGGGAUCAAAUUCGUGAAGUGGCCAUAAUUUCUAUUGUGAAACGUGUCCUUAGGCGCUUGUCUGAGUUAUCAGAACAGGACAAACCCACAGCUCUCCAGGCUCUUUUAUCAGGUGAAGUGAUCCUGUCAUCGUCAAUUGAGUUUCACAGACAAGGUAACAGAGAUCGGGCUCUUGUUAUGCUUCAUCAAAUGAUUGAUGAUGCUCAUCAGGGAAAGCGACAGUUCCUUGCUGGUAAACUACACAAUUUAGCUAGAGCUAUUGCUGAUGAAGAAGCGGAAAGAGACCAUGCUAACAGUGAGGGCUCAUAUUCUGAUGGGAGAGGGCUUCCAGGUUUUGACAGGAAUUGGGUUCUGGGGCUUGGUUUGAGACCCUCAAAGCCGCCACCUUUGGCUUCAGAGUCUGGAGAAAGUAAUGCAAAUUCUGCAAGUUAUGAUGUAAAAAAUUCAGAAAAAAGAUUCUUUGGUCCCUUUGGCCCCAAGAGCACAACAUUCCUUUCUCAGUUCAUUCUCCACAUUGCCACAAUCGGUGACAUUGUCGAUGGGACGGACACCACUCACGACUUCAACUACUUUUCAGUAGUUUAUGAGUGGCCCAAAGAUCUCUUAACUCGUUUGGUAUUUGAAAGAGACAGUACCGAUGCAGCUGCUAAGGUAGCAGAAAUAAUGAAUUCAGAUUUUGUCCAUGAAAUCAUUUCUGCAUGUGUACCUCCAGUUUACCCUACAAGAUCUGGGAAUGGUUGGGCUUGCAUUCCAGUAAUUCCCACUCUCCCUAGGAGUUAUACUGAAAGCAAGGUUCUCUCACCCUCUUCCCGAGAAGCUAAACCGAAGUUCUACACACGUUCUUCUGCCACUCCGGGGGUCCCAUUGUAUCCUCUGAAGCUGGAUUUAGUGAAGCAUCUUGUCAAGUUAUCUCCUGUCAGGGCUGUCCUGGCAUGUGUGUUUGGAAGUACUAUGUUGCACUGUGGCAGUGAUCCAGCAAUUUCUAGUUCCUUAAAUGAUGGCUUAUUACCGACUCCUGAUGUUGAUAGGUCCUUCUAUGAAUUGGCUCUUGAUCAGUCAGAGAGGUUUCCAACCUUGAAUCGCUGGAUACAAAUGCAAACUAAUCUUCAUCGAGUUUCUGAGUUUGCUGUUAUGACUGAACAUGGAACAGAUGAUGUGAAAGAUAAUGCAGAACCCAAAACUGCUGUGAAGCGGUUUCGUGAUACUGAGAGUGAUUCUGAACCUGAAAGUGAUGAUAUUGCUGUUGGUAAUAACAUUUCGCUGUCAUUGCCUGAGGUUAUGGACCAAAGCAAUGCGACAUCUAAUGCCUGGCAUGAAUCUCCAAAGUCUAGAACAGCUGCAGAUGUUAAUACGGUAUUCCUUUCUUUUGAUUGGGAGAAUGAAGCACCUUAUGAAAAAGCUGUAGAGAGAUUGAUUGAUGAAGGAAAAUUGCUGGAUGCUCUUGCUCUGUCGGACCGCUUCUUACGCAAUGGGGCCUCAGACCAUUUGCUUCAGAUGCUUAUUGUAAGGGCCGAGGAUGAAACAAGUGCACAACAAACUCAAAGUAGUUCAGCCCUUCGUAUCUGGAGCAAUAGUUGGCAAUAUUGUCUACGCCUGAAGGAUAAGCAGCUGGCAGCUAGACUUGCUCUGAAAUAUCUGGAUAGGUGGGAGCUGGAAGCAGCAUUGGAUGUUCUCACUAUGUGUAUCUGCCAUUUGCCUGAUGGUCAUCGACUUAAAUCUGAGGUUAUUCAGAGAAGACAUGCACUCUGUAGAUACAAACAUAUUUUAUGUGCAGAUGAUCGGUACAAUAGCUGGCAAGAGGUAGAGAUAGAUUGUAAAGAAGAUUCUGAGGGUCUUGCGCUUAGAUUGGCUGAGAAAGGAGCAGUAUCUGCUGCUUCAGAAGUGGCUGAAAGUGCAGGACUUUCUAUCGAACUUCGUAGAGAACUUCAAGGGCGUCAACUAGUCAAGCUUCUCAACGCAGACCCAGUAAAUGGUGGAGGCCCUGCAGAAGCUUCACGAUUUCUAUCUUCUCUCCCUGACCCUGAUGAUGCUUUGCCUGUUGCAAUGAGUGCAAUGCAGCUUUUACCCAAUCUCAGAUCAAAACAGCUUCUUGUGCACUUCUUCCUUAAAAGGAGACAUGGAAAUCUAUCCGAAGUUGAGGUUUCCCGGUUAAACGCAUGGGCUUUAGGUCUUCGUGUUUUAGCUUCUUUGCCAUUGCCAUGGCAGCAAAGAUGUUCAUCGCUACAUGAACACCCUCAGUUGAUUGUAGAAGUUCUAUUGAUGCGGAAGCAGCUGCAAUCUGCAUCUCAGAUUCUUAAAGAGUUUCCUCUCUUGAGAGACAAUAAUACGAUAAUUGCAUAUGCUGCCAAAGCUAUUGCUAUUAGCAUGACUUCCCCUGCCAGGGAUUCCAGAGUUUUAGUUUCUGGUACAAGACCAAAGCAGAGAUCAAAGGCUGCCACAUCGACACGGUCAUCAUUUAGUAGUAGCCUGAGUAAUUUGCAAAAAGAGGCACGCAGAGCAUUUUCCUGGACUCCUCGUAAUGCAGGAGAUAAGGGUGCAUUAAAGGAUAGCCAAAGGAAGAGAAAGAACCCUGGAGUGGCACAAUCGGAAAAAGUUACUUUGGAAGCAAUGUCUGGCAUCCAGGAAGACCGGGUUUCAGUAUUCACUGCAGAUGGGCAAGAAAGGCUUCCUUCUGCUUUAAUUGCAACAGAGUGGAUGCUUACAGGUGACCCCGAAAAGGAUGAAGCUGUUCGUUCUUCUCAUCGAUAUGACAGUGGCCCCGACAUUAUUCUAUUCAAGGCAUUGCUUUCGUUAUGUUCAGAUGAAAGUGUAUCUGGCAAAGGUGCUUUGGACUUGUGCAUGAAUCAGAUGAAAGUUGUUUUGAGCUCCCAGCAGCUACCUGAAAACGCAUCUAUGGAAGCCAUUGGCCGAGCAUAUCAUGCAACAGAAAUAUUUGUGCAGGGCCUGCUUUUUGCUAAAUCCCAGCUCAGAAAAGUUUCUGAGGCAACUGAUUUGUCUAGUAAUUCUGAAAAAAGCAGGGAUGCUGACGAUGCAUCUUCGGAUGCUGGCAGCUCUAGCGUGGCUAGUCAAUUAACCGAUGAACUUUCGGAGGCACUAUCACAGGUUGAUAUAUGGCUUGGACGUGCUGAACUUUUGCAAAGUCUUUUGGGAUCAGGGAUAGCUGCUUCCCUUGAUGAUAUUGCUGAUAAAGAGUCAUCUGCACAUCUUAGGGACCGGUUGGUCCAAGAGGAACGAUACAGUAUGGCUGUAUAUACAUGCAAGAAGUGUAAGAUUGAGCUCUUUCCUGUUUGGAAUGCAUGGGGACAUGCCCUGAUUCGGAUGGAGCACUACGCACAAGCUCGUGUAAAAUUCAAGCAGGCUCUUCAGUUGUACAAGGGUGAUUCUACUACAGUGAUCCUAGAUAUCAUUAAUACUAUUGAGGGAGGCCCUCCGGUCGAUGUGGCAUCCGUCCGGUCCAUGUAUGAACAUUUGGCAAAAAGUGCACCAGCGGUCUUAGAUGACCCUCUUUCGGCUGAUUCCUAUCUCAAUGUCUUGUACAUGCCUUCUACUUUUCCACGUUCAGAGAGGUCCAGGAGGUUCCAGGAAGCCGCAAAGGAUAAUUCGCUGCAUAAUCCACUUUUUGAAGAGGGACCAAGAAGCAACCUUGACAGUGUUAGAUACCUUGAAUGUGUAAACUAUUUCCAAGAAUACGCUCGGCAGCAUGUGCUAAGCUUUAUGUUUAGGCACGGGCGAUAUAAGGAGGGUUGCCUCUUACUUUUUCCAGCCAACUCUGUGCCGAAUCCAUCGCAGACAUCAUCUAUGGGAGUGGUUACUUCAACUUCUUCCCCUCAAAAACCUGAUCCUUUAGCAACUGAUUAUGGGACAAUUGACGAUUUAUGUGAUCUUUGUGUUGGGUAUGGUGCCAUGCCUGUCCUGGAGGAAGUGAUAUCAUCAAGGAUUUUGACAACACAGGAUGAGUUGGUGAAUCAGCAUACCGCUGCAGCAGUUUCCCGAAUUUGUCUUUACUGUGAAACUCAUAAGCAUUUCAAUUAUUUGUACAUGUUCCAGGUGAUCAAGAAGGACCAUGUAGCCGCUGGCCUAUGCUGUAUUCAGUUAUUUAUGAACUCUGCUUCUCAAGAGGAAGCUAUAAAGCACUUGGAAAAUUCAAAGAUGCAUUUUGACGAAGGGCUAUCAGCAAGAUCUAGAUUAGGAGAUUCCACAAAACUUGUCAGCAAAGGCAUCCGGGGUAAAACUGCUAAAGAGAAGCUAAGUGAAGAAGGACUAGUCAAAUUUUCUGCUCGUGUUGCCAUUCAGAUUAAUGUGGUGAGAAGCUUCACUGAUGCUGAGGGACCUCUCUGGAAACACUCUCUUUUCGGGAAUCCAAAUGACCUGGAGACAUUCAGGAGAAGAUGUGAAAUUGCCGAAACUCUUGUUGAGAAAAAUUUCGACUUGGCAUUCCAAGUAAUAUAUGAAUUCAAUCUUCCAGCUGUUGACAUAUAUGCUGGAGUCGCUGCAUCACUUGCUGAAAGGAAGAAAGGGGGUCAAUUAACUGAGUUUUUCAGAAAUAUCAAGGGUACCAUAGACGAUGAAGAUUGGGACCAGGUCUUGGGAGCAGCUAUUAAUGUCUAUGCCAACAGACAUAAGGAACGCCCUGAUCGCCUCAUUGACAUGCUGACUAGUAGCCACAGGAAAGUACUUGCUUGCGUUGUCUGUGGCCGACUAAAAAGUGCUUUCCAGAUAGCAUCUAGAAGCGGAAGUGUUGCUGAUGUUCAAUAUGUUGCACAUCAGGCAUUACAUGCCAAUGCACUUUCAGUUCUUGACAUGUGCAAACAGUGGUUGGCUCAAUACAUGUAGCUUGACAAGCUUAGAGUCGAUUUUGAGAUGUCUGCAAUUCACUACACUGCUGCAUCGUCAAGUGUUGGAACCAAUAGUAUAUCCAAGUUACGUGGUGAACAUUACUCUGAUGUGAAAUUCUGUUUUUUGGUUCCAAACUGGGGAGCAGUUGGUUUCAAGACCCACCCAGGCUAGAAAUGAGUUACCCCUUAGUGAAUUGUGAUUCUGCUACAGCCAUAGUUAGAAGUCGAUUCUUUGGAGAGAAUUGGAAUUGCAAGCAUAUAGCUCCACAGACAAAGGUUGCCGGUCCUUUUUUGGGUUUUCCUCCAGAAGCUAUGAUGAUUGGUGAUUAUAUGGUUCAGAAAAAUCUUGGUUCAAAACCAAGUCGCAAUACCUGCUGGUUGUUUUGUUUGUAUAAAAGUUGUCGAUACAAAUACUUGUACAAUGUAGAGGGGGCCCACCGAGGGACGAGGCUUUUUCUUUGUUCCUUUAUGGGAGAGAAGGGAGGAGAUGUCCAGUUUUUAGAGUCGCCCAGCUCCUUUCAAGUAAGUUAUAUAUAUGAAGCUAUUUAUCUUUGUUUAACAGCUUAUGUCCAGUUUUUAGAGUCGCCCAGCUCCUUUCAAAAGAGGUAGCGGUGAACUACUACUAAUUUCUUUUUAAAUAUUUCCAUUGCAUUAUGAAUUAUGAUGCUCACUUACA